GAAUCCGUAGAAUAGAUCCUCGAUUUUUCUCGUUCUCUCCGAAUCGGACAUCCUCAAUCUCUGUCUGAAAUUCCCCAGAGCUACAUCAUCUUGGAUUAAAGAAAACAAAAAAACCUAGCUUUCUCUCUCUACAAGAUACCUAACUCUCUCUCUCUCUCUGCAUCAUUCUUCUUCCUCCUUUUCUUGUGCAGAGCUAUCAACAUCUGUUUGAUUGAAAGCUAAGUCUCAAUCUGGAACGAGGAAAAUAGAAGUGUGCAUGUGAAGACAAACCACCAAACAACAAGGAACAAAACCCCACGGAUUGUUCCUUGAAGACCCAGCAAACACACAAUCCAUGGCUUCUUCUUCUUGAAAUUUCCCCUUUUGUUCUCUGGUGAUUUGGGUUUGUUAUAUUUGUUCCUGCAAUGUGGGUCGAUUUUGGUGGCGGUCAUCAUUUAUAGGGUUGUGGGUUUCUUCCCUUUGAUCGAACCUCCAUGGCUUUGUUCAGAAAAUUUUUCUACAGGAAACCACCUGAUGGGUUGUUGGAGAUCUCGGAGAGGGUUUAUGUCUUUGAUUGCUGCUUAAGCACAGACAUGUUGGAGGACGACGAGUUUGGUGUCUAUGUGGGACGCAUACUCGGUCAGCUACGAGACCAGUUUCAUGAUGCUUCAUUCAUGGUGUUUAAUUUCCGUGAAGGAGAUAAUCAAAGUCAGAUAGGGAGUAUAUUAUCAGAGUACGAUAUGACGGUCAUGGACUAUCCUCGUCAUUAUGAAGGUUGCCCUUUGCUUACAAUGGAAAUGAUCCAUCAUUUUCUUAGAUCAAGUUCAAAUUGGUUAUCAUUAAGCCAACAGAAUAUCUUACUGAUGCAUUGUGAACGAGGCGGGUGGCCGGUUUUGGCUUUUAUGCUUGCUUCUCUCUUGUUAUACCGAAAACAGUCAAGUGGAGAACAGAAAACACUAGACAUGAUCCAUAAGCUGGUUCCCCGUGAGUUAUUACGGUUGAUGUCCCCUCUAAAUCCUCUGCCUUCACAAUUGAGAUAUCUUCAGUAUGUUUCAAGAAGAAAUGUCCUGUCACAAUGGCCUCCACUAGAUCGUGCUCUUACACUAGACUGUGUCAUUUUUAGAGGGAUUCCUGAUUUUGAUGGCGAAGGUGGUUGCCGACCCUUACUCAGGAUAUAUGGUCAAGAUCCUUUUAUGCCUUCAGACCGAACAUCAAAAGUUCUGUUCUCUAUGCCCAAACAAAGCAAAUCUGUUCGCCAAUGCAACCAGGCGGAUUGCGAGCUGGUAAAGAUUGACAUCCAUUGCCAUGUUCAAGGUGAUGUAGUGCUUGAAUGCAUUAGCUCGGAUAGUGAACAUCAUAGAGAAGAGAUGAUGUUUCGGGUUAUGUUCAAUACAGCUUUUCUCAAAUCAAACGUUCUAAUGCUUAAUCGUGAUGACAUUGAUGUUUUGUGGAACUCAAUGGAUCGAUUUCCCAGGAGUUUCACUGCCGAGGUUAUAUUUUCGGAGAUGGAUGUUGGUGGUAUCCUUGUUUCUGUUGGUAUGCCAAAUAUGGAGGAACAAGAUGGCAUACCCAUGGAAGCAUUUGCCAAAGUCCAGGAAAUUUUCAGUGACAUUGAAUGGUUGGAUCCAAAAUCUGAUGUUGCGGUGAAUGUCUUUCACCAAAUAACAGCAGCAAAUAUCAUUCAAGAAAGCUUGGAAUCUGGUUCUCCUCGAAGCCCGUCACAAAGUCUGUUGGAAUCAGCUCUUAUGAAAGUUAAAGAGAAAACCAAGUUGAUGAUAUCAGAAAACGGGUCUGGAAGUCCUGCUUCUGUCUCUGCUCAUGGAAAAGAAAAAGAUACCGUUGCAUGGGAUAAACCAUGCACAGACCCGCCGAGUUCACCCCUUGAGAAGGCUGAACCUCAUGGACUUAAGGUUUCAGUCCGGAGAACGGCUCUCUCUAAGAUAAUCUCGCCAGUAUCACCUAUGCCCAUUUCCAGAUAUCACAGUUCUCCAUCAAACAUUGGAAUUACUGCACUAUUGCAUGAUCAUGAUGCGUCUGAUGGGGAAGAGGCUGCUACUUCAUCAUCCCUAGCUUCUCAGGUGACUUCUUUACCGAUAAACCGAGUUUCCAAGUUUAACAGUUUCCCUGCUCCGGCUACAGGUUCCUACACGGUUCCUGUCCCUCCUUCUACACCAAGACAACAACUUUCACAGCCUCGGCCUCUUCCUCAACUGCCACCUCUGAAGAACUUAACAAACACAUCUGCCCCUCCACCACCUCCACCACCUCCUCCACAUUCCAGACAUCCUAGUAAAAGACAGUCUUCAUUAGCAUUGCCGCCACCACCACCACCUCCUCCUCUAAAGCAUUCAGUAACCAGAACAAGCCUUCCACCUCCUCCGCCGCCACCACCACCAACUUUGCAUUCUGGUUCUGUAUCAGGAACUGUAAAAAAUCCAGUUGUGAAAGCCCCACCUCCACCUGUGCCUCCUUCACGAGCCCCUUCACCUUUGUCUCAGUCUCAUCAUGCGGAUUGUAAUGGAAACGUUCCUCCAGUUCCUGGACCGCCAUGUGGCUUGAAGGGAAGUGGGUUUUCACGGAUCAAUGCUAGAGGUCAGUGUCAUGCGAAAAAGACCAACUUGAAACCGUAUCAUUGGUUGAAGCUUACGAGGGUAGUUCAAGGAAGCUUAUGGGCUGAGGCACAGAAACUCGAUGAAGAUGCUAAGGCUCCAGAGUUUGACAUCUCAGAGCUUGAGAAACUCUUCUCAGCAGCCGCUCCUAACUUAGACAGUGGCAGUAAAGGUGGGAAAUCGGGUCGGCGUGCCUCAGGACGCAAAUCUGGGAAAGUGCAGCUGAUUGAACUCAGACGGGCAUACAACUGUGAGAUCAUGCUUUCCAAAGUUAAAAUUCCUUUGCCCGAUUUGAUGAGUUCCAUUCUUGCACUGGACGAGUCAGUGUUAGAUGUUGAUCAGGCUGACAAUCUAAUCAAGUUUUGUCCAACGAAAGAUGAAAUUGAUUUGCUCAAGGGCUACACUGGAGAUAAGGAGAAUUUGGGCCGAUGUGAGCAGUUUUUUUUAGAAUUACUGAAAGUUCCACGGGUGGAAUCAAAACUAAGGGUACUAUCAUUCAAGAUACAGUUCCGCUCCCAGGUUUCUGACCUUAGAACAAAUCUGAACAUUAUAAAUUCUGCAGCCGAUGAGGUUAGGAGCUCGGUUAAGCUGAAAAGGAUAAUGCAAACUAUACUUUCUUUGGGCAAUGCCUUGAACCAUGGGACUGUGAGGGGUUCUGCUCUCGGAUUUCGAUUGGAUAGUCUUCUGAAACUCACUGAUACGAGAGCCCGAAACAAUAAGAUUACUCUGAUGCACUAUCUCUGUAAGGUACUUGCCGACAAACUUCCAGAGCUUCUUGAUUUUCCGAAAGAUCUGGUGAGGUUGGAGGCUGCAUCAAAGAUUCAACUAAAGUACUUGGCAGAGGAGAUGCAAGCAAUUAGCAAGGGGCUGGAGAAACUUGUACAAGAAUUCAAUGCAUCUGAAAACGACGGUCCGAUAUCAGAGCAUUUUCGUAAGAACUUGAAAGAGUUUCUCGGUUUCGCUGAAGGAGAAGUGAGAUCACUGGCUUCUCUCUAUUCAGCUGUGGGUAGAAGUGCCGAUGCUUUGGCUCUUUACUUUGGAGAAGAUCCAGCUCGUGUCCCGUUUGAGCAAGUUGUCUCUACACUUUUGAACUUUGUCAAAAUAUUUGUACGGUCGCAUGAGGAAAACCGCAAGCAACUUGAGUUUGAGAAGAAGAAAGCACAGAAGGAAGCCGAGGACGAGAAACUGAAAACAGGUGGAAUUAAGGAGGGGUAGACAUUGAGGGACACAGUGUACUCAUGUGUGUUCUCUCCUCUCUAUUAGCCUCCUUGACUUGCUUGGCAAGGCAAGGCAAAGUCAAAGUCAAACAGAUCAAGCCAGAGAUGGAAGGUGUGAGAAUAGAGGGUGUAUAUAUAUAAAAUCUCGAGAAGAGAAGGAAGAACAGCCUGCGGAUUGUUGUCGGGGAACUGACAAGACAGUGUUCGGAUUUUAGAUUAGGACGAAGAUUCUCUGGUAGAUGAAGCCGAAAACCGGUUUGGGCAGUUAGCUAUGAAGAAGGAGAAGCAAGCAGAAUGAAGGUUUACUACUGAAUAUGCGUUUGAUAUGUAAUUUUUGGUAGUCAAAGAAAUGUGUGUGUAUAUAUAUAUAUGCAGACAUACAUAUAGUUUGUCAACAUCCAAGUUUUGCUUCCUUGGAAAAUUAGGGUUCUUUUCCUAA